AUGCCCAGCGCUGCCAAACGGAAGCGACCCAUCGACUAUGACUACAAUGGAUCACCAAUAUGGGAUAUCGAUUUCGAAAGCACGUCUUCGUACGCAGACACGCAGAUACCGCUUCUUUCCUUCCUGGAAGGAGAAAGUAGUCUCUCGGCAGCAAUGCCAUCUAGUGGAAUCAUGUCCGAUCAUACCGUUCAUGAAGUGCAGGAGACACCGAAUGAAAGAAAAUUCGUUCUUUACAGGCUUAGAGCAAGAGAGGGUGAACGAGACGAUCGAUACUUCUAUCAGACGAGCUUUAUUAAAGGUCUUGACACCCAAGGUGCAGGAUCGGGACUAAGGAGUGGUGCUCUACCUCCACUCCUAUAUAUGAUUGAUGCCGACGUGAAAGACGGAACUAAUAAGAUUGUGUACCAAUGGACAUUUCGGAGAGGAGAGGAUGCACCUUUGCUAGCUCGACGCUGGCCUGCCAUCGAGCUACAUUCGCCAGCUUUGCUUUCCGUGUUCAGUGAUAUUAUAGAUCACUAUCCUGAAUUAGCGAUCAAAGGCUUCAAGUUUUAUCCCGCAAAAGAUCAUCGAUGUUGCCCCACUUUGAAGCUACUUUACAGAAACCUUAAGGCUUACCACAAGGGCUACCUGAGCACCUUAGGCGCAGCGGAGGUGCCUAAUAAUGACGUCUCAAGGGAAGAGGUGGAGGAUAUCGGAGAUGCUGGCGACGAGGAGCUAGUACCCUUUGAUUCUGUCUUUGACGGUGGCUAUGAAUCUUCACAUUACUGUGAUUUAGAGACAGCGUCAGAAGUCGCUCAAUUUCUCAAAGUUUUUGCCCCAGCUUUCAAGCACGAAAUCGCCCCGAAGUUUCAAAAGCUUGCAAGUUCAAAGCCCGUCGUUUAUUACGACGACCUUUGGCUCGUCUUCUGGCCCGGCUCAGAUGUCUUUGUCAGCGCUGAAGCUGAUUUCCUUGGACAUGUUGUAGUCUCAGUAAGUUCAAUCAGAGUGAGACCCGGGGCAGAAAAGCACAUCGAUCGCACGGACAGGACGCUCAUCGAGGUCUGGAGAUUAGUAUUCAAUGGACUUCGCAUCAAGCGGCGGAGUUCCAUCAUCGCAAUCGACCGCUUUGAGGGCGAGAGGUCCGUCUUUGACUUGCCAGUCUUUCCCAGGUCACUGGAAGAUGCAGUGCACGGUAUCAAGAAUAGCGACUAG